CCGGUUUUUUAUCAGUCUCUGUGUGCCCAGUCCCUGGUCUACAUGAGGUUCAAAAUAAAUAGUUGUUGGAGGAAUUAAUUAAAAACUGCUAAAAAUAACUACGUAGCCACUAAAAAACUGCUUUGUAAGGUGCAAAGAUACCCCUAUACUCGCAAUGAAUUCUUCGGUCCAGCCCCUGGGUCUCGGAGCGAGCGUGCGGGAUCCAGCCGCUCCGAGCGCUGUGCAGGGCGGAGGCGCCAGCCGUGCCGCGGAGGCCGGGAAGCAGCGGACCGAGGUCUGGAGGCGGUGGGAGGGAAGGGCAGAAAGGCAGAUUUACGAGCGCGCGCGGAGCCGGCGCUCAGUCGGCUUUGUGCAACACAGCGUCGGCCGUCACUCAGAGUCCGGAGCGGGCGCGCCCCGCCCCCAGGUGGGCGGACCCGGGACCCGGUGGCGCGGGGGCGGGGCCUGGUUCUCCGCGCCGGGGGCGGGGACGGACCCGGGAUCUCCGGGCCGGUGCAGGGCCCGCUGGUCCGCGGGAGCGACCGGAGCCACGGCCACCAAGGGGUGCGACCCCCACUGGCCCCGCCUUCCCGGCUGCGGUCCAGCCAAUCAGAGCAGCUUUUACUGGCGGGUGGGCCGAGCUGGCCCAGCUGCUCGGAGGCUCUGGCAUGUCGGUUCCCGAUUCUGGUCCCCGGCCCCCAGCAGCGCCUGCCCCCUUCCCACCGGGGCCCCCCAUGAUGCCACCGCCCUUCAUGCCCCCUCCAGGAAUCCCCCCACCCUUUCCUCCAAUGGGGCUGCCCCCCAUGAGUCAGAGACCACCAGCCAUCCCCCCUAUGCCACCUGGUAUCAUGCCCCCAAUGCUUCCACCAAUGGGGGCGCCACCUCCACUCACACAGAUACCAGGAAUGGUGCCUCCCAUGAUGCCAGGAAUGCUGAUGCCAGCGGUGCCUGUCACCGCCGCGCUGUUGUGGCUGGGACAGGUCCUCCGAGGGCUCUAUGGAGUGAGCAUGUGGCCCCUGAUGGGCGCAUCUACUACUACAAUGCUGACGACAAGCAGUCCGUGUGGGAGAAGCCCAGCGUGCUCAAGUCCAAGGCAGAGCUGCUGCUGUCCCAGUGUCCCUGGAAAGAGUACAAGUCUGACACAGGCAAAUCUUACUAUUACAACAAUCGGAGCAAGGAAUCCCGCUGGACCCGGCCCAAGGACCUGGAUGACCUGGAGGCUCUAGUCAAACAAGAGGCUGCAGGGAAACAGCAGCAGCAGCCGCCACAGCCUCCUCAGCCACAGCCUGACCCCCCACCUGUGCCACCGGGCCCCACCUCUGUGCCCACUAGUAUCCUAGAACCUGAACCAGGUGGGAGUGAAGAUUGCGAUAUGUCAGAGGCUGUCCAGCCUGUGGAGCAGGGGUUCCUGCAGCAGCUGGAGGAGGGUCCCAGCAGUUCUGGACAGCAUCAGCCACCACAGCAGGAGGAAGAGGAAUCAAAGCCAGAACCAGAGAGGUCUGGCCUCAGCUGGAGUAACCGAGAGAAGGCAAAACAGGCCUUCAAGGAGCUACUGAGGGACAAGGCUGUCCCCUCCAACGCCUCGUGGGAACAGGCCAUGAAGAUGGUGGUCACCGACCCCCGUUACAGUGCCUUACCCAAACUGAGUGAGAAAAAGCAGGCAUUCAAUGCCUACAAGGCGCAGCGGGAGAAGGAGGAGAAGGAAGAGGCCCGGCUAAAGGCCAAGGAGGCCAAGCAGACCUUGCAGCAUUUCCUGGAGCAGCAUGAACGCAUGACCUCCACCACCCGCUACCGGCGGGCAGAACAGACCUUUGGGGAUUUGGAGGUCUGGGCUGUGGUCCCUGAGAGGGAUCGAAAAGAAGUUUAUGAUGAUGUCCUCUUCUUUCUGGCCAAGAAGGAGAAGGAACAGGCCAAGCAGCUCCGGCGUCGCAAUAUCCAGGCCCUGAAGAGCAUCCUGGAUGGGAUGAGUAGCGUCAACUUCCAAACCACAUGGUCCCAGGCCCAGCAGUACCUCAUGGAUAAUCCCAGCUUUGCUCAGGACCAUCAGCUGCAGAACAUGGACAAGGAAGAUGCAUUGAUCUGCUUUGAGGAGCAUAUCCGGGCUUUGGAGAGAGAGGAGGAAGAGGAGCGGGAGCGGGCCCGGCUUCGGGAGCGGCGCCAGCAACGCAAGAACCGGGAGGCCUUUCAGACCUUCCUGGACGAGCUGCAUGAGACAGGGCAGCUGCAUUCUAUGUCCACCUGGAUGGAGCUGUACCCAGCAGUCAGCACUGAUGUCCGCUUUGCCAACAUGCUGGGCCAGCCGGGCUCCACCCCUCUGGACUUGUUCAAGUUCUAUGUGGAGGAGUUGAAGGCACGAUUCCAUGAUGAGAAGAAGAUCAUUAAGGACAUCCUUAAGGACCGGGGCUUCUGCGUGGAGGUGAACACAGCCUUUGAGGACUUCGCCCAUGUCAUAAGCUUUGACAAGAGGGCUGCUGCGCUGGACGCAGGCAACAUCAAGCUGACCUUCAAUAGUCUGCUGGAGAAAGCAGAGGCACGAGAGAGAGAGCGGGAGAAGGAGGAGGCACGAAGGAUGCGGCGCAGGGAAGCUGCCUUUCGAAGCAUGCUGAGGCAGGCUGUGCCUGCUGUGGAGCUGGGCACUGCCUGGGAAGAGGUCCGUGAGCGCUUUGUGUGCGACUCAGCCUUUGAGCAGAUCACCCUCGAGUCGGAGCGGAUCCGGCUCUUCCGGGAGUUCCUGCAGGUACUGGAGACUGAGUGCCAGCACCUCCACACCAAAGGCCGAAAACACAGCAGGAAGGGCAAGAAGCACCAUCGCAAGCGUUCCCACUCGCCCUCAGGCUCUGAGUCAGAAGAGGAGGAACUGCCCCCACCAUCUCUCCGGCCCCCCAAACGGAGGAGGCGGAACCCCUCAGAGUCAGGCUCUGAGCCUUCUUCCUCACUUGAUUCAGUUGAAAGUGGGGGUGCUGUCCUUGGAGGACGGGGCUCCCCAUCCUCCCGCCUUUUCCUUGGAUCAGACAGGUCCCUGUCUAUGAAGAAUGAGCGGAUGGACUGUGGCAGAGAAAAGGAUGAGCUCUCCCUUCUCCUGUGGGACUUAGUGGGGAAUUUUCUAUCUCCAGAUCAUGGCCUUCGGAAAGCCAAGAAACCAAAAAAGAAAACUAAGAAGAGAAGACACAAGUCGGUGCGUAGAGAAGGAACGUCUACCCGAGGCCCUGCUAUUUUAACAGUCCUGAGAGCGAGACAGACCCCGAGGAGAAAGCUGGCAAGGAGAGUGACGAGAAAGAACCAGAACAGGACAAGGACAGGGAGCUCCGGCGGGCAGAGCUCCCUAACCGCUCCCCAGCUUUUGGAAUCAAGAAGGAGAAGACGGGCUGGGACACGUCGGAAAGUGAGCUGAGCGAGGGUGAGCUGGAAAGGCGGCGGCGGACGCUCCUGCAGCAGCUGGACGACCACCAAUGACCCGACGAGCUGCUCUGACUCUGGUCUGCACGAGGCUGUGACUCCUAGGUCACCCUCACUGUCUGCCCCAGACUCCUUCCUCAGUCUGGUCUGUGUCCACUUUUCUUCAGUAACCCCACCCCAACACACCUUUGCCAGCACCUCCCAAGGUGUUCAGGGGCCUCCCCACUUCCCAGACAACUAGUGCAGUCCUUGCCCUCAGCCCUAGACCAGAGAUUGGUGGUGUAUGCCAUGUGGGGUGGGUGGUGCCAGUAGAUAAAAUGUGACAAGGGGCCUCCAGGGAAGAGUGACAGGCUGGUGACAGGCAGGGUCCUUACCCUCUAGCAUCAGUGCCUGCUCCUGCCUGCCCGGGACCUGGGGCUCAACAACUACUUUCAUCCCUGGGACCCAGUGUAUGUGUGUUCUGUUUUGUUUUUGUUUUUUAAAUAACAAUAUUUAUAACAUG